CUGUGGCCGUAGAUAAGAGGAUUAUAGUGGAAUUAGUGUCAUUCCUCCCAUCGCCGCGAGGAAUAGAUUCAUAUCGAUUUUAAUCAGAGAUAGAAAGAUCCGACACAAACCUGCAGACAAAACAGACAGAGGCAGACUGCGAGAGCGAGAGGAGGCGUGAAGGAGAUUCCUGGAGAUCAUCGCAGCCGGGAUGUUCAGCUGCAGACGGAGGGGCUGCACAAACACCUGCUGCAGAGACACAUGCAUGUAGGAACAUAUAUACAGUAUAUACAUGCAUUUAAGAGAAAACCUCAAGGGAUCACUCCUGUGUUUGUCUUCGUUCUGGAGCUCUCUGGUUGAGGAAACUUCCAGCUGCUGUGGGAUGUUGGACCCAAACCAGCAGCAUUAGUCUGCGGGGCGGUGUGGACGCUGGAGCUGGCCGGCGAUGCUGGCGUCGUGUCAAUUGUGGCGGGGAAACCUGUGAAACAUGAAGGCGGAUAUGCUGACUUGCCUGGCUCUGGCCACCGCCAGCCUCGUCGCCGUGGUGACCGGCGGUCGCAGCUCUGGACGCAGGAAGCACAAGGAGGUCUUUCUCGGGGAGAAGAGCAAGUUCCAGUUUGGCGGACGUAUUGACUACAAGCUGAAAAGACAGGACAGCACCAAAACACUGCUGAUAAAAAGUGAACAGCUGCUGAGAAUCGAGGAGCACGACUUUGCUAUGAGACCAGGCUUCGGAGGUGCAGCCAUCCCUGUGGGCAUCGAUGUGCAGGUGGAGAGCAUCGACAGCAUCUCAGAGGUCAACAUGGACUUCACCAUGACUCUGUACCUGCGUCACUACUGGAAAGACGAGCGGCUGGCGUUUCCGUCGCGAAACAAUCAGAGCAGGACGUUUGACUCGAGGCUCGUGAAGAAGAUCUGGGUUCCUGACGUCUUCUUCGUCCACUCCAAGCGCUCCUUCAUCCACGACACCACCAUGGAGAACAUCAUGCUGCGGGUUUACCCCGACGGAAAGAUCUUGUACAGCGUCAGGGUCACGGUGACGGCUCUCUGCUCGAUGGACUUCAGCAGCUUUCCUCUGGACACACAGAACUGCUCGCUGGAGCUGGAGAGCUAUGCAUAUAAUGAGAACGACCUGAUGCUUUACUGGAAGAAUGGGAACGACUCUCUGAGGACGGAUGAGAUCGUCUUGUCUCAGUUCUUCAUUAAGCAUUUCCAUGCCUCCAAUGGCCUGGCUUUCUACAGCAGCACCGGUUGGUACAACCGUCUGUUCAUUAACUUCAUCCUGCGGAGGCACAUCUUCUUCUUCAUGCUGCAGACGUACUUUCCCACCAUGCUGAUGGUCGUCCUGUCCUGGGUCUCUUUCUGGAUCGACCGGAGGGCCGUCCCUGCCCGUGUCUCUCUGGGUAUAACCACGGUGCUCACGAUGUCCACCAUCAUCACCGGAGUGUCCUCCUCCAUGCCUCAGGUAUCGUACGUGAAAGCGGUGGACAUCUACCUGUGGACCAGCUUCCUGUUUGUCUUCCUGUCUGUGAUCGAAUACGCAGCCGUGAACUACUGCACCACUCUGGAGGAGAUGAGGAAGAUGAAGAGGGGGAAGAUCCCAUCUACCUUCAACGCCAGCCAGGCGAUGGCCUAUGACGGCUGUUUCCAUGACAACGACAUUGAGCUGACUCCGUUCUCCAGCCUAGCGCCCACCGGGACCUCUGGCCCCCUCACCACGCCGACCCAGGCCCCAGACAUCCGGCCCACGGAGGGGACUCGGCUCCGCCGGCAGUGGUCGCUGCGUCAAAACGUGGACCUGUUUGUCAGCAACAGCUACAUGAUCGACUCGUACUCCCGUGUGGCCUUCCCGAUGUCCUACCUGCUCUUUAACAUCGUCUACUGGAGCCUGUACUCCUGAUUCAGCACCGCAAACUCUCGGUGAACUCUGGUGCACUUUAUUAAGCCCAAAUGUUGAGUCAGAGAGCAUGCUGGGGGAUUCCUCCUCUCCACAGAGCUCCACAGACACUUUACUGAAUUAACUCUUGAUCAGAGGAGCCCCUUCAGCGCCGACUUCAGCACCAAUCAUCUUCUUUACAAGAGAGAUAAAAGCACUCCAGUUCCUCAGAGUAUAAACUCUUAAUUGUGCACAAUUUCACCCUGACAUUUGUCUCAUGGGAGCGGGUUGACUCCUGAGACCUGGGAAGUAAUGGAUCCUAAUAAGCCACAGAGAAAUACGAAAUAAGGAUAACAUUUAUGUGAAAAUGUUCUUUUUUUGUUUUUUUAAUCUUCCUUUUUUCAUAUCAAAUCAUGAAAAUAUCAUAUC